AUGUCUCCCAGACGCACACGUUCUUCGGCCCGCUACGCUGCGAGUCAAGCUGCCUCACCAGCCGGACCAUCAUCUGGUGUACCAUCCGGAAACCCCUCGCCCACAGCUUCAUCGGCUCAGGCAACAACGACGACGACGACGACGACUCCCCGCUCCACUGCCACUCAAGGUCCCUCUAGGAAGAGAAAGUCUCGUAACAGUGAGACUAGUCCGUCGCAACCGACCCAGCCCGAGCAGCCGGCUUCCUCUACCCGUCGGCCCAAGAGGCAGAAGGUUCAGGAGUUAGCCACACCUGCAGCUCAACCUCAACCUCAACCUGCAGCUACACGAGCAUCCACACGCAAGAAGAAGGAAAAGACAGCCACCGAUAUGUCAAGUCCUGAAGAUUCCCCACUGUCCCCUGCAUUGCAGGACAAGACUCCUUCUGGUUCAGCCUCUGCAUCUUCUAGCAGAAAAUCUAGCCGCAACAAGAGAGGUAACCAGUCAGCUCAAGAGUCCGCAUCUACCUCAGCAUCAGGUCGACGAUCGAAAAAGGUGUCGAAUACCCAGGCAUCACCAAGUCAAGAUGUCUCCAUGACUGGCACAGAUGAGAACGAAAGAGACUCGGAGCCACCCGCCCCGCCUCCACCAGCGCACGAUCCGGACGAUGAUAGUGACGACCACGACGAGGAUGAUGACGAGGAAGACGACGAUGACGAACAGCACCGAAACUACGACGACGAUCCCUUCGGUGGAUUCAGAUCGCAAGGCGGCUCUAGUAUCUCGGAGACGCUUCGGGCUCUGACUGGCAUGAUGUCUGGUAUGGGCUCUAGGCUACGAGGGAUUCUGGACAACUUGCGGAUGAAGGAGGAACCGUCAAUGCAGAUGAUCGCUCUGUCAGACCUCUCUGAAAUUUUGCUCAUGGCGAAUGAGGACAAUCUUGCCGGACACUUUUCGCCCGAUGCUUUCGUCAAAGAACUCGUGGCACUCAUGCAGCCCAACGAAUUUACCGGAGAGGAGAACCCCGACAUGAUGCUUCUCGCCUGCCGAUGUCUCGCCAAUCUGAUGGAGGCACUGCCCGCAAGCGCUGCCAAUGUUGUCUACGGUGGAGCAGUCCCUGUUCUGUGUGCAAAACUGCUUGAAAUACAAUACAUCGACCUUGCCGAGCAAUCUUUGAGCACCCUCGAGAAGAUAUCAGUCGAUUAUCCUACUAGCAUUGUUCGAGAAGGCGGCUUGACUGCCUGUUUGUCCUAUCUUGACUUCUUCGCUACCAGUACCCAGCGAACGGCUGUCACCACUGCAGCCAACUGUUGUAGAAACAUACCCGAGGACUCGUUUCCAGUCAUCAAGGACGUUAUGCCAAUCCUGCUGAAUGUCCUUGGAAGCAGUGAUCAAAGGGUUGUCGAGCAAGCUUCUCUCUGCGUAACACGGAUAAUUGAGAGCUUCAAGUACCAGUCGUCCAAGCUGGAGGAACUCGUCAGUGUCGAUUUGCUCAGGGCAAUACUGCGUCUUUUGGUACCAGGCACCACCAAUCUCAUAUCAGCAAAUAUCCACACACAGUUCCUGAGAGUCCUGGCCAUUACUGCCCGGGCCAGUCCACGACUCUCAGCCGAGCUGUUCAAGCUGAACGUGGUGGAGACUUUAUACCAGAUUUUGACUGGUGUGUCACCUCCUGACGAGACUGAGGACGUUGCUUCGAAGCUUGACAGCGUGGUCAUUAUGCAGGCUCUAAUACACCGACCACGGGAGCAGAUAAUCGAGACUCUUAAUGUUGUCUGCGAACUACUUCCGGGAUUGAAGUGGAACGAGCUGUCAGGUUCUGGACUGCCAAGCGGACAUGAUGUUGCGGAACCGACCACUCCAUCUUCGGUGGGUGGUUCGCGGAAGAAGUCGUCAUCGGAAAAGCGCCUCGAGUUGCUUGAAGGCUGUAAGGACCAAGUUCGACGCUUUGCACUGAUUCUAUUUCCGACCUUGACCGAUGCUUUCUCAAGCACCGUCAAUCUUAAUGUUCGGCAAAAGGUAUUGACGGCACAGCUCAAGAUGCUUUCAAACUUGGACAAGGAUAUCCUCGUCGAUGCCUUAAAAUCAGUACCCUAUGCCUCAUUCUUGGCUGCCAUACUGUCACAGCAGGAUCAUCCAUCUCUAGUGCUCUCUGCUAUUCAAACUACCGAGCUGCUUCUUGCGCGUCUGGACGACAUCUACCGGUAUCAGAUCUACCGUGAAGGUGUCAUUACGGAGAUUUCUAAGCUUGCUGAAAGUCAAGACUCUGCGCCAAAGACUACUGAAACACCACAGACCUCGCCAGACCCUGCUUUGGAUUCUGUCGAUGGUGAGGGCGAUAGAGUUGAGAUCCACAAUGAUUCCGGAGAUGAGGAUGAUGCUGGAGAUGGAGAUGGAGAAGGAGACCACGAAGAAGAUCAUGAAGCAGAUCAUGACGACGAAGAGAACGAUGACGAGGAUGAAGAAGAUGAUGAUGAUAAUGACGAGAAUGAGCACAAUGACGAUAUUUCAGGCUCCCCUGUCAGUUCUGACGGUUCAACCAUGUCAAUCGACGGACCUCCUCGGCUUUUUGUUGCUGACAUUCCGUCGAUGAAGUCAAGAAUAUCCGAAGUUGCCAAGAAAUUUUUGGAAGCACAUGAGACCGAGAAACAUGGCAAGACGAUGAAAAAGAAGGCCACCAAAAUCCUCAGCGACCUCCAGGCACUUGCGGCAGACAUCGAGGCCUUCUACUUGCACAGAACUGCUAAGAACCUUGGUCCCAAGGAGGGCGUUGCUCUUUUUGAGACACUAGCCUCUUAUUUCGAUGCGGACGUUCUAGAAAACGUUACCAGCGCCGAGCUUAUGGCGUCUGGCCUUGUCCGCGUGCUGGAAGAAGUUUUUAGCAACCCCGAUGAAGCACUUGCCAAUACCGCUAGAGCCGCAUUUCUUGAAGUUUUCAUGGGUCGAUCGGUCAAGUCUAAGCCCAGGAUCGCGAGUGCAGACUCACCCGCCACCCCAUUCAGUAUUAUGGCCCAUAAGCUUCAGGACCUUCUCAGCCGAUCCGAGCACUUUGAGGUCUUGACCGUCCAUCAGAACACUUUUGACGGUAACCGGAGCAGUGCUGCUUCUAUGUUGGCCAAACAGAUUCGUCUCAAGCUUGUGGCAGAUGAGAGCUCAGAUAUUCCGCGCGAGUAUCGUGGCAUCAUGGUAUCAAUCCAUGCCAUUGCAACUUUCAAGGCUUUGGACGACUAUCUCAGGCCUAGAAUUAGUUUGCACGAGAGACCUCGCCGUGGGCCUCGUGACUUUGCGAGAGCCUUGGCGGAGAUGACAGGAGUACCCCCGGGUCGUCUUAUGGAUCGUGCUGGUUACUCGUCAACUCCUGUACCACCACCUCCUGUCCCCCCUCAAGCUUCAAGCUCACGACCUGCUCGCAAAUCCAAGGCUCAAGGAAUGACUGAAGCGGAAACCCCUGCCACGCCCAAUCAGGGCAGCCUUCGUAGAUCAACUCGUCGGAAUCCUGCCGCUUCUGCCGAAUCGCCGGCCCGCCCUCCCCCGCCUGAUGAUGAUGACGACCUGCAGAACGCCUUGGAGUGUGCAGAUGAAAAGCCGAUGUCUGACGAUGAUGACGACAUUCCAGACAGCAGUGCUUUAGAGGCAUUGAUCGGGGACCUGGAUGAUGACAUGGAAGACGACGACGACGAACCUCGGCCUGACCCCUCUGCGGUUAACCUUGAAGUUGCCACCAGUGGGAAAGUAACCGCUAGAAAGGAAGAUGGCACACGAGUUCUGACUCCGGCUCAAAGUGGUGGCCCUGGGAAUCCCCCAAGCCGCAAUACUAUGCAGGCAGCUCCUGCAACCGCCCAGGCUACUCCCACCCCCGCGGCCCCGUCCUCGCGACCUUUCUCGUAUGCAGCGGCAGUCCAGUCUGUCCCACAAGACUGGCACAUCGAGUUCAGCCUUGAUGGUAAAGUUAUUCCGAACGAAACCACAAUCUACAGGGCCGUACAUAGCGCAUCAGCCAAUGCUGAUGAGCACCUUACUCGAAGCAUAUGGUCAGCAGUUCAUUCCAUCAAGUUCAGAAGGGUGCCUGGACCGCCACCCACUGAAUCCAUUGGGUUCAACGGUGCUUCCGAUGCAGCCGUUAGUGCAGAUGGUGCACCAGCAUCGCUGGCAAAACAUCCCACUACAGGGUCGAUCCUUCGUCUUUUGAAGAUUUUACAUGAUCUGAAUGCUAACCUCGAUGAUAUCGUUGUGGAAAACAAGGAUGCCCUCAAGCUCAAUCGUGAGCCCCUUUCACAAUUCGUCAAUACCAAGCUGACCGCGAAGCUCAACCGGCAGCUAGAAGAGCCUUUGAUUGUAGCAAGCAACUGUUUGCCAGGAUGGAGCGAAGAUCUCGCCCGCCUCUACCCAUUCAUUUUCCCAUUCGAGACUCGGCAUCUUUUCCUCCAGUCCACGUCAUUUGGCUAUGCCCGAUCUAUGACUCGAUGGCAGAAUGCUCAACAGGAAGACACCAAUCGUCGCGACCGACGGGAUGAACGACCUUUCCUCGGACGCCUGCAGCGUCAGAAAGUGCGCAUCUCACGUUCCAAAAUUUUGGAGUCUGCACUCAAAGUUAUGGAACUGUACGGAGAGUCUCGCAGCAUACUUGAGGUCGAGUAUUUCGAAGAAGUUGGUACUGGUCUUGGCCCUACAUUGGAGUUCUACUCCAACGUUUCGAAAGAGUUCUCCAAGAAGAAGCUCAAGUUGUGGCGAGAAGUGGACUCAAAUGACUCGGACGAAUUCAUCUCUGGCCCACAUGGUUUAUUCCCACGGCCUCUUGCUGCUGACAAUGCUGCGAACGUGGAGCGUGUACUGUUCUUAUUUAAGAUGCUUGGCAAGUUUGUUGCUCGGUCCAUGAUCGACUCUCGAAUCAUCGAUCUAAAUUUCAACCCCAUUUUCUUCCGAGUUGGCGAUGAAGGGCCUGCGGUCAAACCUUCACUUGGUGCAGCCAAGGUCGUCGACCGCGGCCUUGCCAACUCCCUGAAACACAUCAAGAAGUUUGCCACAGCGAAGCAAGCCAUUGACGAGGAUCCAAACCGGACUCCUGCGCAGAAAGUCGCAGAUACCGAUCAGCUCGUGGUUGAUGGCAUUACUAUCGAAGACCUUGCCCUUGACUUUACUCUUCCCGGAUUUCCUGAUGUUGAGCUUGUAUCAGGAGGCGCUCACACACCUGUCACAAUCUAUAAUGUGGAGUCGUAUCUAGAUAAAGUCAUCGACAUGACCUUGGGCAGUGGUGUCAAGCGCCAAAUUGAUGCCUUCCGCGCAGGCUUCUCCCAAGUCUUCCCUUACACCGCUCUUAGUGCUUUUACACCCAAUGAGCUCGUGUCGUUGUUUGGUCGUAUUGAGGAAGACUGGACCUUGGAAACUCUGAUGGAUUCCAUCAAAGCUGACCACGGAUUCAAUAUGGAUAGCAGAAGUGUGAAGAAUCUGCUCCAGACGAUGAGUGAGAUGACCCCGGGUCAGCGCCGUGAUUUCUUGCAAUUCACAACCGGUAGCCCCAAACUACCAAUUGGAGGCUUCAAGAGUCUUACUCCUAUGUUUACUGUGGUUUGCAAACCCAGCGAACCACCUUACACAGCUGAUGAUUACUUGCCAAGUGUCAUGACUUGUGUGAACUAUCUCAAGCUGCCGGAUUAUACAAGCAUUGAAAAGAUGAGAAAGCAGCUAUUCACUGCAAUUCGUGAAGGACAAGGUGCCUUCCACCUAUCCUGA